AUGUCGUCUGACACCCCAGUAAUUUCCGCACCGCUCACCAUCGUCCCUACGACGAGCAGCACCACGUCGCUCACCGACACGACGACGCCGAUUACCCUAACGACGAGCACGAGUCCGGAGAUCUCGUCCGUCACGCACGUGAGACUCCCGGGUUUUUGGCACAACUCCCCGACCCAAUGGUUCACGCACGCUGACGCCAUGUUUGCGAACAAACGGAUUUGUUCGGACUUGACGCGCGUGAACCACGUGCUGGAGGCAUUGGACGAGGAAGGCGUGCGGACAAUCUCGGAUUUGUUGGGGCCCGACGCAACGUACGACUCCAUACAGCAACGACUGAUCACUGCGUACGGCGUCCCACAGGCCACGCGUUUCCAGCGAAUGAUCCAGCCGGGCGGCAUGGGCGACCGUACCCCAUCACGCCUGUUACGGGACAUGCGGGAUGUUUACCCCGACGGGAUGUCGGAUAAUUCUCUGGUUGCGUUUUGGUUGAGCAAGCUUCCACCACCCGUCCGCACCGUCAUCGCCGGUCUCACCGGUUCCGGAGACUUUUUGGCCGAACGCGCCGACCGCGUGUGGGAAGCAUGCCAGAACACGGAGAUAUCCGCCGUCUCCAGAAAUGACGACAACCACGGCUCACGCGAGCACAUAACGACACCUCAACGAUCCACGCCGACGAGCUCGUCAGAUCAGGACACACGUUUCCUCGCUCUCGAAAAAGCCGUCCACGCUCUUACCGCUCAGGUCACGGCUCUUGCGACGUCGCAAGCCGCCGCGCUGUCCCGCCCGACCAACGACCGUGCCUCGCGCCAGCAACGCGAUCGCUCCCGCUCGCUAUCGCAACCACCACAGAGCACCAUAACAGCGGGUUGGUGUUUCUACCACGAUAGAUACGGCGCAGACGCCCGAAAAUGCCGCGACCCAUGCACAUACGUGCCGGCCACACGGAAAAAUCCGUGA